AUUAAACCGCCGACUUGACUUUCUUGGUGACCUUAAAUCACAAAUAAGAAAAUCAAUGCAAUGAAAGGAACUCCAAUGAUGUGGAAUCUCAGUCUUUUUGCUUCAUUUUUUGCAGUAUGGAUCAGUUAUGGCUCUGCGGGUGACACGACACACUGUCAUGGCAUCCCCUCUGGAUUGAGUCGACUGUUCUAUGGAGUUGACAUCACCAUCCUUGACCUGUUGCCCUUUGACCUUUCCCAGCCGACAGGAUACAAAUCCGUCCUUCUCAACAUCACCUGCGACGAAGACCGCAAAUGGGAAAGCAACUUCAAUGGGAAAGAUUACUCUGUUCCGGAUCAGAUAGCAACCCUGGAAACGAUUCCAGGCGGCUGGAUGAACUCUAUGGCCCAGAUUUACAAAAGUAGCUCAGAUGUCAAAAAAAUGAUGUCUUCAAACGCAGGUUUGAACAUGGGUGAAAGUGGAGGCCAGUUUUCGUCAAGUGUUAGUUACAAGUCAAUGCGGGAUGCUUUAUCAAACAGCUCUGUUCGCAUUUCGGAAGUUACGACUUUCGUCUCAAGCCUACAAGUUCAACUCGAGUCGUUCGACAAACUGCGGCUAACUCAGUAUGCCGAAGAUCUGAUCACGGCGUUGCCGAGUAAGUUUGUCGAAUACCCGAAACCGUACCGAGAGUUUAUCGAUAUUUUUGGAACGCACUUUUUUGCUGGAGGAAACUUAGGUGGUUACAUCAGACAUUACUUCGAAAUUUCCAGCGAUUACUAUUCGAGCCACGAUGAAAAAGACGUUCAAGCUCAAGCAUCGGCUUCGUUUUUUAGAAAAAUUAACUCGCAUGCUGCUUUUAACAACACAAAUAAUGAGGUUGACAAAAAUUUCGAUUCAAAUACAGUCGACAAACUUUUGUUCUAUGGCGGAAGUUUGAACGUUCUGGACGACGAAAGCGUGAAAAAUUGGGCUCACACUGUUCCCGAAAACCCUUGGCUGUUUAAAGGAAAGCUGUUUGCCAUUUAUGAACUGAUAAAAGACGCUGAAAAGAAAGAGUCGAUGAAAUUAGCUGUUGAGUCGCACGUGAAUCGAGCUUAUUUUGAAGACAUUCAGUCUCAAUUUUACGGCUAUGUGUAUAACAGUGUAGACGCUAAGUUGGCUCAAACUGGACAACUUUUGAGCGAAGUGAAUGAGAUUUUAUCAGAUGAAAAUCAAAUCGAUCCCAAAACUGCGGAGCAUUUGAAAAGGAAGAUUUCGUUCCAUUGGGGGGUUCCUGGGUGGUGGGACAAAACUGAGCUUUGUUUUCGAUGGUAUGCCGACGGAUCACGUGUUCUAUGUGGGGGAGAGGGGGUUGAUAACCUGCUGUGUGCGCCUGUUAAUAAGUACACGGACUUUUACAGAGACAACUCAGGCAAGAAAAAACACAGAAGAGGGGGCUGCAAGAUGAGCUGGGGUUUGUUCUCGGGAGAUGCUUCCAUCGACUCUGCACUGGAAAAGGUCAACCUGUGCUUCAAAUGGAACAACCAUCAUUUAGGAGGUUACAGGCAAUGUUACGUCGGGGAAGAUAAGCCCAAAUCAGAUGAGCUGUGUGUGGGGCUGAAUGAAUGGACGGAUUACUACAGCGACUAUACCAAGAAAUUCUCGAACCAUCACUACACUUGCUCGAUGUCAUGGAGCUUGGCACUGAAGGAUUCUGACCUUGAAAUUCCAGAAUGGCUGAUGAACUCUAAAAUCUGCAUGCAGUUCUACGGGGACGGAGAUGAAGACCAAUGUGGGGAAAGAGACACAAAGAGACUGCUGUGUGCUAGGGUGGGCGAGUGGACCCCGUGGUACCUGGAUUCAACUGACUCGAGGGAGGGGGGAUGUCAAAUGCAGUGGGGACUCAUCAAUGAGUUCACACCUUAGACUAUGAAAUGAACUCUAAACUAAAUAAAACUUGUUCAAUUAUUAAAUAACAAUUUUCAAUUCAA